AUAGCAGCCAUCUUGUUGAAGUUUUUUUUAUAAACUUAUAGCGCGAGAUUCAGGGGAAGCCACUCUAACUUACAGAUGGCCGCUUUUUAUAUAGCAAAUCCUGCUCGCAAACACUGCUGUUUAAAGUUAAUUUCUUGCCUGUAUUGAUAUAUCUAGCCAUUGAUUUAGAAUAUUCUCUCCCUUUAUGGUCCAGUGCCUAGAGAAUAGUUUAAGUAGAUGGCUGAUUGUCAAAACCAGCAAAAAAUGCUUAAACCAAAGACAUUUGAUGAGGAGAAUUUAGAAGAUGAAUUACCAAUCUCAGUACCUAGAAGUACAUUUCAGGCUGGUGUUAUAAUUUUUAUGGUGGCAGUACUCUGCUUUGUGAAUAGUUAUGAUGGAGAAUUUGUGUUUGAUGAUACAGAAGCAAUUGAAAAUAAUAAAGAUCUUCUACCAAGCACUCCAAUCAGCAAUCUGUUAGAAAAUGAUUUUUGGGGAAGAAAACUCAGUAAUUUGAGUCACAAAUCCUACAGACCUAUAACAGUUUUGACCUUCAGAUGGAAUUAUUGGGCUGCUGGCGGGCUUUAUCCUAAAGGUUUUCACAUCGUCAAUAUCCUUCUACAUGGAUUUGUUUGUGUCUUAUUGAUGCCUGCUUAUAAGGUUGUUUUAUCUAUCAACGCCAUGCAUUCAUCACCAAAAUCAUCACUACUAUGCAGUUUGUUGUUUGCUGUUCAUCCUGUGCACACUGAAAGUGUUGCAGGUGUUGUUGGACGUGCUGAUUUACUGUGUGCCUUGUUUUUUAUUCUAUCUUUUCUAAUGUAUGUUAAAGGAAUUACUAGAGAGUCAGCAUUCUGUCCCAGUAAUUGCUCAUACUUAUGGAUAAUCAUAAGCAUGUCAUUUUGUGCAUGUGCAACUUUUAGUAAAGAACAAGGAAUUACAGUAAUUGGAAUCUGCAGUGCCUAUGAUAUUCUGGCAGUUUGUAAAUAUAAUUCCUACAAAAUGUCCAGAAGCUACAAUUACUCAAUAACAGUGCAUCAAAAGUAUAAAAAUAAGAUUGCUUUAGAAGACAAUUGGAAAAUGGCACUGAUCAAACGACAACUUUUACUCACUGUAUCAGCUGUAUUUUUACUGGUUGUUCGGUGGCGAGUUAUGGGAUCAGCACCUCCUAUAUUUCAAAUUCAUGAUAACCCCCAUUCAUUUGUCAAUGGAACAAUUUUUAGGGCAAUUAAUUAUAACUACUUAUAUGCAAUCAAUAGCUGGAUUUUGUUAUCUGCCCAUUGGCUUUGCUUUGAUUGGUCCAUGGGCUGUAUUCCCACAAUAACUUCAGUUACUGAUCCUCGCAUUUUGGUUGUUUGUAUUUUUUGGAUAGUUUUAUUGCUAAUAGCAAGGAGAUGCCUUUGUUUGAAAUCAAACAGAUCACUUAUUUUGGCAGUGCUUUUAAUAGCUGUACCCUUCCUCCCAGCCUCAAAUAUUUUAUUUAGAGUUGGAUUUGUUGUUGCAGAGCGAGUUUUGUAUAUACCUUCCGCUGGUUUUUGCAUUCUAAUUGUUUUAGGGCUCAAAGCUUUGUGCAAAAUCAAUAAAUUUAAACAUAUAGCUUUUGCUGGAUUUGUAUUACUUUUAUUAGUAUUUUUUCUUCGAUCAAUACAGAGAAGCAGCGAAUGGCGAAGAGGUAUUUCUUUAUUUAAAUCAGGAGAAAAAGUUUGUCCUCUCAAUGCUAAGGUCCACUAUAAUAUUGGUAAGCUAAGUGCUGACUCUGGGAACACAACAUUAGCUCAGUUACAUUACAGACUGGCCAUUAAACUGAACCCUAUGUAUGAUCAAGCAAUGAAUAAUCUUGCAAACAUUCUCAAAGAUAACAAUUUGACAGAGGAAGCAGAACAACUUCUUGAUAAAGCAGUAUCUAUAUCAUCAGACUUUGCUGCUGCUUGGAUGAAUAGGGGUAUUGUCAAGGCUGCCCUUAAAAAGUUUACAGAAGCUGAGUUUAGCUACAAAAGAGGAAUUCAUUAUCGAAAAAACUAUCCUGAUUGCUAUUACAAUCUAGGCAAUUUGUACCUUGACAUGGGUCGUUCUCAAGAUGCUUUAGAGGCAUGGCACAACGCUACAGUUUUAAAACCUACACACUGGAAUUCUUGGAAUAAUGCAAUUAUUUUACUUGAUAAUUUAAAUCAGCAUGAAAAGGCAGCCAGCCUGGCUCUGGUAGCUUUAAGAAUUUUGCCUAACAACAGUGCACUCAAAUUUAGCCUAGCCAAUGUUUAUGGCAAACAGGAGAAAUAUAAUGAAAGUGAAAAGUUGUUCCAUGAAGCACUAAGAGGAGAUCCACAGAAUGCAAAUAUCUAUUUAAAUCUAGGUGUAUUGUAUCACAGAUGGGGCAGGUACUCUGAUGCUUUGCUCUACUACAAACAAUCUUUUCAAUUGAAUCCUCAAAAUUCAAUCACACAGGAAAAUAUGAAACUCCUGCAAUCAAAGUUGAAAUCAAAGAAUUAAGCUUUAGAUUAUAUUUAGCCUUAAUGUGUUUUUUGUUUUUAAUUAUUGCAAAUAAAAGUAAGAUAAUUUCUAUUGAGUCAUAAUACAAUGAUACACAUAAAAUACUUCCUUUUCUUUAAUAUUAACUUUUUGAGUGUAUAUCUAUAUAUAAUAUAUAUACACAUAUAUAGAGAUAAAUAUAUAAUAUAUAUAUAUAUAUAUGUCAGCGGGUGAAUGGAUGAUUUAUUUUGUAUUAUAUUUUUGUGUGCGAAUUUGUACGUGAAUGUUCUGCUGGACAGUGGCUACUGGGUUUAACUUCUGGCCAUGUCACAGGGUAUAAUUAAUAUAUAAAUAUAAAAUUAUAUAUUUAUAUGGACCCAAAAAAUUUUAACACACACACAGUCCUUUAUAUAGCUUGAUUACAAUUAUUGGGUUUCUUUAUACUGUAGUGAUGCAACAUAGUUUUCAUUUCAAAUGUUGGUUCUGCAUCUGCACUCAGCAGAUGUUUUGAAUUUGACUUAAUGUUUACGUUUUUAUUUUUGGUUACAUUUUUUUCUCCAUGAAAAUAAAUGUUAUUAAAUUGUUAAA